CGAAAUAGGAGAUCUGGAUGUGGAACCUACGUAAAAAGUUCCAAGGUUUUUCUUCACUAUCCAUUUAUUGAGCACCUUGUAUUUAUAUUGUGGAUACAUAUGCCCUUGACCCAAAGUGAUCAUAAACAGUAAAUUUUCAAAAGUUAUGAAACGACUUUUGAAACUUUUUCAAGAAACUGUCUCACUCAUAAAGGAACAUUUUUGGUCGGGAAAUGCGGUGGCUUUUUCUAAGGAAGAUUUUAUGGAGAAGUUAGACCAUAAUGAUAAAGCCGUUGAACUAUUCACUGAAAUUAUGAAGUUUCGCAGUAUAUUAAAGCCAUGUGUGACGAAACUUUACAAAUUUUGCAGUUUCACACUACUUCCAUCACUCAGAAGCGAGUUUAUUUUUCUUUUUUAUGUCUCAUUACUUGGAAUGGAGACAUUUGGAGAAAACGGAUUGGGGCAUUUUCUUCUCUGCAUGAAAGUUCAAUAUUGUAAAGAAAUUCUUAGAUUUUUAUGUUCACCUGAAGUUAUACGCGAACUGAAAUCAGAGUGGAUUCAUGUUUAUGAUGAAUCGUUUGUAGAUACUCUUCUGAUUAAACCUCUUGUAAAAUGGAAGCCUGCAUUUAUAGCCUUUCAAAAGUCUCUGGAAUCAGAACAAAGUACACCCGAUCAUAAGAAAAUCACAAAAGUUCAACCAUUCAGGCUAACGCAACCAAAACCCCGACCUAUUCUUAUGCCAGAUAUUAUUCCAAAAAUGCAAAGAAUGCGCGACCCUCCAUUGACUACUUAUAAUCAACCACCGGAAAUUUCUUUAUUACUCAUGGAAAAAAACAAGAAUCGUCAGCAGAUUGAAAAGUUAAAAAUUCAAAGUGAUAGACUUAAACCAAAAUGCGCAGAAAUUAUUUAUGGCGAUUCGAAAACAACGAAUAAUCAAAAUGAAUAUAAUUUUAAAAAUGAUUCUACAAACAACAUAGAAGAUACUAGCAAUAAUAAAAGUGUGGUAAAUUCUUCAGUCAAAUUGGAAAGUCAAAGAAUUAGCUCAAAUAAAAGAAAUUAUUUAUCUGUUUUAAACAAAACCGCGGUGGUUAAUACAAAUGCUGUUAGUAUAUUACGUGAAUGGAAAUUGUAUUCAGAUAGAGAAAGGGAACAAAGACAAAAGCUUUGUGAAUUAGAAUCUGGAGCGUUUACAAAUGCUGCUUAUAAUUCUUGGAAACAAGAAGAAGAGAUGAAAAUUAAAUUAAAUCAAUUGAAACAAAUGGAACGUAAUCGUUUACAUGUAAUGAUAAGUCAUGAAGCAUCAUCAACAGCUAAGUUUGAUCUUUGCUGUAAACGAAAAAUUGCAGCUAAUAAACUUAGAAAUGAAAAGCGUGCCAAACUGUUAGAAUUUUUAAAUGAAAAGAAAUUGCAACAGGAUAAAAUGAAUAAAGUAGCCAAAGAAGUUGCUAGUUCACAUGAAAAUGCAAAAAUUGCAAAGAAGAAGUUGAUGGAAGAAAAGAAAAAAUCAGCUAGUGAAAUACUUAAGGAAAGUAAACAACUCUUAGACGAAGCUGCAAUAAAAGCCGAAGAGGAGAAGAAAAUGAAAAAAGAAUUGAUAAGUCAGAUUCAAGCGGAAGAAUUAUCGGCCAUAAUGACGAAAUCACGAAAUGUAAAACAAAUUGAUUUAACCAAUACACCCGGACAUGGUUUACUAAAUGAAAUGUCUAUAAUUGAGUUAAGGGAACGCCUUAAUCAAUUGAAAAUUAAUAAACAACGUGAAUUGGAAGAGAAAAGAGAUGCAAUAAUAAAUGAUAAAGAACAAAAAACAAAAGUUUUAUUAGAGUUACUUACUCGAAUUGGCAAACACAGAAGUGUAAAAACUGUAGCUGCAACGAGAAAAAUGGUAAAUAAUGGGGAAUGAUAAAGGUAAUAAUAAAAGAAUGUAAAUGUAUGUGGCAUCCACCAUUGAACUUCUAUAUGCUUAACGUUAACAAAUAAAAUGAAGAGGGCUGACUGUGAAGUGUUUUUUGAUAUGUAGAUAAGACUCAGCUUUCAAACCAUCAAUAUCCAAGUUUAAGAAUAAUAUCGGUAUGGGGAUUUGUGGAGAAUUUUAUAAUGAUUUGAAGAAGACUAAGUUUUACACUUUUUUUUGUGAAAUAUCUUAUUAUAAAUAUAUAAUGAGUGGAAGUGUAGAUCAUGAAACAUAUUCAAGAGUUUGUAUUUCAUUUCAGUGAUUGGAAAGAAUUUCGUGUAUAGUAUUGUGAGUAGAAAGUAUACAUUUAGGCAAACAAUAAAUAUUUAUCUUAUGUUGUGACACAUGAUUAUUCGGCGAGACUAUAAUUAAUGGACGAACCAAUCAGUUAUAAGAUAACAGGUUUCAGAUUUUGGCGCAAAAUUCACCCAUCCAUUUAGCUAAAUAGAGUUUUGGCAUUAUAGAUGAAGUCAGUUAGUGAUGAACACUCUAAAUCUAAUUCCUAACUCUAAUCAUCAACUGUAAAUUAUAAUUCUAAUUCCUCACAUUGGUUUAUAACCCUCAUUCGGUCCUAGUUAUUAGGUGAACACUCUCAAGGUCACUCAAAGAUCGUCCAUAACUUAUAGUCUCACUGAUUAUUUUUAUAUUCUUUACAUGUAUGUGUAUACAUUUAAACGUAACAAGC